AUGGCUUCACCACCUGAUAAACUGAAGAUUGAGGCGAAUGGAUCUCGUUUAAGUAAACUUUUGAUAAAUAAAGGAACCCAAGCUUUGAAAACAACAUUGCAAUUUAGUUUUAACUUUCGAUCAUCAAGUUUGAUCAAAGAACUUAAAGAUCUUUCAACAAUGAACAAAUUGACUUUAUUAAAAAACAAAAGUGUCAUCAGUAAAGAGCAAUGGGAGCUUCUUUACCCAUCAAAAGGCUCAUCACCUGACAUUGACAACUUUGACAUCUCAUUAUUGACUGUCUUAUUGCGAAAUAUAUGUAGACUAGCACCGCCAAAUGGUGGAUGGGAUAAUCCUUCACCUUCAGAUACUUCAAUUUCAGCAAAUAUUGCAAGAAUAAAGUUGUAUCGAAACAAAGUGUACGGUCACAUAACCACAACUAGUGUAAACGACAGUGAGUUUGAGCAUUUGUGGCAGGAAAUUUCAAAAGCAUUGGUUGGUCUGGGUAUUCAACAAACUGAAAUAGAUGAAGCAAAGAAAGCUCCCCUCAGUCCUGAUGAAGCAAACCAUAUUGAAUUAUUGAAAAACUGGUAUGAAAAAGAAAAGCAGUUAAUCGAUGUCGCUGAAGAAACUAAAGAGGUUGUAACAGAAUUAAAAAAAGAUUUUGAAGUUAUGAAAAAUAAAGUUAAAGAAAUUAAAGAAAACAUGGCAACAAAAGCUGAUGUAGAAAUGCUAGAGGACAAAAUAUGCUCAGAUCUUCAGAAGCUUAGAAAGUGCAAUUUUAAUGGUCUUAUAAAAGAUCUUAACAAGAAAUACCUUGAAGGCACUAGACAAUGGUUAUUUGAAAAACUUGACACUUGGUUUACCGACAAAAACGAAGAUGUUUCUAAUGUCAUGAUUUUGAUUGCCGGUCCUGGCGUUGGUAAAAGUGUGUUUGCUGCUGAGGUGUGUCGACGAUAUUCUGAAAAGAAGAAACUUGCUGCUUCUCAUUUCUGCAGAUAUAAUAGAUCAGAUUAUAGAAAUCCUCGAGUGUUGAUAGAAUCAUUGGCUAUUAGCAUGUGUGAUACAAUAUCAAAUUUUAAAAGUAAACUGAAUGAAGAAUUACAGAGAAACAAUUCCAAAGAAUCGAUCACCGAUAAAUUCCUUGUUUUAUUAAAUAAUCCAUUGCAUUCAUUGGAAGAUCAUAAGCCAAUGCUUUUGGUUAUUGAUGCCUUAGAUGAAAGCCAAGUUGAUGGCAAAAGUGAAUUGUUAGAAUUAAUUGCAGAAGAGUUUGACAGACUGCCUAAAUGGAUUAAAAUCUUCAUCACCAGUCGUCCAGAACUUCCUGUUCAAAAGGAGUUGAAAGACAUGAAUCCCGUGGAAAUUACAAUUCGUCCUCGUGAUGAAAACAACUUAAAAGACUUGCACAAGUAUUUGAGAAUUCAGUUAAAUAAUCAGGUACAAGAAGAUCGCUACGUUCUUCAGUUUUUAGUUGAAAAAUGCGAGGGAUCAUUUCUUUACGCUUACCACGCACAACUGAGCUUGAAUAAAGAAAAUAUUGAGCUUACUUACCAAAACAUUAGACAAUUGGUCCCUGGUGGGUUAAGCAGUGUUUACACAAAGCAAUUCAAAAGAGUAAAAGAAUUGUUAACGAAGGAAAGUACCAGAAAUUCUGUUAUCUCAGAAACUACUUUCAUGCAAUUUCUUGAAUUGUUGGCUGCCUGUCGGGAGUCUUUACCAUUAACUUUAUUGCUUGGCUAUUUAGGUUUUUCUGGUGACAUCAAGUUUGAAGUCCGCAGUAAAAUCAUUGAACCGUUAUCUCAAAUUUUGCCAGUUUACAAUGAUUGUUUAACCGUGUAUCACAAAUCUCUAAUUGAUUGGUUGAAAUCAGAUGGUUAUGAAGAGCAUGAGUUUACAGUUGAUCCAAAAAAUGGUCAUAAGUUUUUAUGGCAUGCUUGUGAGGAAGUGUUUGAACACAUCAAGUCGAUGAACAUUUUUGAAGAUCAGAUGAACACUACUAUGAUUGAAUAUGCAUUGGAGAAUGGAAUUUAUCAUUUGUCAGAAUGUGGCGAAAAUGUUGACUUUAUCUGUGCAGUAGAUGUCAAAGUGACAUUUUCGAGGUUAAUGCGUGUGAAAGGCAUUAACGUGCGGUUAAUAACCAUUGGUUUUGAAUUAUCUGAAAUCAUUAAGGAACGAUUUACUUUCUUAAAAAAAAAUGUACUUGAGAAACUACUAUUCCAUUUGAGCAUGCUCGAAGUUUUCCAAUAUUUUAAUUUUACUUAUCAAAAACUUCUUGCUGCAGGAUAUGAAAAUGGUCAAAUAUCUAUUUAUGAGCUUCCUGAAUUCGAGCAACGAUACACUCUAGGCACUGCAAUCGAUGUUUCAAGGUUGGAUAAGUGGAAUGAUGUAGAAAAAUAUUCUGGUUUGUUUAUUACAGCAAGAUAUGUUGAAUGGUAUUCUAAAGAUGUGUUCACAGCAUGGAAUUCAUUAACUUUGCAAAGAAUCGAUCGACGCUGCGUUGUUGAUUACCAAGAACUACAAUGCACCGAUAAAUAUUCAGAGUUCUGUGUUGCAGAAUUCGACGAGACUUCGGAUGUUUUUCAAUUCCCAAAGUCAAUCAAUAUAAAUUCUACUAAAGCAAAGCAUGUUAACAUUGGAUUUAAACCUAAGGAAAUCUUAACAUUUGGUGAUGUCUUAGUUUGUAAAGUCCUUAUGCAUUUUUGGCCAUAUAAAGACUUUGUUCAAGUUGUUAGAAUUACUAAGGAAUACACAUUAUUGAAUUGGGGAAAUACCAACAAUGAACUUUACUUGAAACCUUGGCAUACUGCAGAAAUACCCAAAUUAGCUGUCAUUGAAAAAUUUGUUCGAGAACAGAUAACUGUAAAUGAUCUAGAGUUCAACUGCUGUAUAAGUGAUAGUAAACAAGCGGUCAUGGCAUUUUGCGAAGGCAUCAAAAAUUCUACUUGUAAUCUUCAUAAAUGA